CAUAAAUGCUAUUUCAUCUUCUCAAUAGGCUCAGCAAUAACUCCUCACUGCCACAUCUUCUUCACCUAUUCCCCUUCUUCUUCCCCUCUCUAUCUGUCACACACACUCUCCUUUCUACACAAUAAUUAUUAAAAUUAAUUAUAUUUGUCUUCUCCAUUCUCCAUCUAUCCAUACCCUUUUCUCCCACCAUGUAUGGCUCCUUUUUCUUCCCCCCUGCCGUUAGACACCACUCCACCGCCGCAUAGCGCCGUUCAGCAACUACUUUUCCGGUGACCCUUUCACCGGGAAGCCAGAUCCAGCGUAGCACAUCUCAGCAAACCAUCAUGAUAUGACAGCUCUUGGAAGAGGAAGUAAUAGUGAUUGAGAAGUACUAGUCUCAAAGUGUUGAGUAAAGAUGUUUCAUCCAAAUAUGUUCGAUGGGCAUCAACAUUUGCUGGAUGUGGGGCAAAAAGUGCAAGAGAAUGAGCUAGACAUACUUAGAGACGAUGAGUUCGAGAGCAAAUCGGGAACUGAUGUUAUGGAAGCACCAUCUGGAGAUGAUCAAGAUCCCAAUCAACCCCCAAACAAGAAGAAGCGUUAUCAUCGCCAUACUCAACAUCAAAUCACCGAAAUGGAAUCGUUUUUCAAAGAAUGCCCACACCCGGAUGACAAACAAAGGAAGGAAUUGGGACGUAGGCUAGGCCUUGAGCCAUUGCAGAUAAAAUUUUGGUUCCAAAACAAACGCACUCAAAUGAAGGCUCAACAAGAACGCCAAGACAAUGGUUCAUUGAGGGCAGAGAACGAAAAGCUUCGGGCCGAAAACAUACGCUAUAAGGACGCCCUAAGUAACGCUACUUGCCCUAACUGUGGAGGGCCGGCUUCUAUUGGAGAAAUGUCAUUUGAGGAGCAACAUUUGAGGAUCGAAAAUGUUCGUCUUAGAGAGGAGAUUGACAAGAUAUCGGCCAUUGCUGCAAAGUAUGUUGGCAAGCCGAUGCUCUCGUACUCCAAUGCACCUUCCCUCGGGUCAUCUCGUCCACUUGAUCUGGGAGUAGGAGGUUUCGGUCCUCAAUCGUUAGCCGUUCAAGGGGAUUUAUACACUGCAGGUGAUCUUUUACGGUCGGUUUCUGGGCCAUCUGAUACCGAAAAGCCAAUGAUCAUUGAGCUAGCAGUGGCUGCAAUGGAGGAGCUGAUCAGAAUGGCUCAAGUAGGGGAACCUCUUUGGGUUCUAGGCGCUGACAACUCAACUGAGAUUCUAAGUGAGGAUGAAUAUGUUCGGACCUUUCCUAGAGGAAUUGGACCUAAACCACCAGGUUUUAAAUCUGAGGCUUCAAGAGAAUCAGCUGUGGUGAUUAUGAAUCACAUAAACCUUGUGGAGAUUCUCAUGGAUGUGAACCAGUGGUCUUCCGUGUUUGCCGGCAUUGUUUCAAGAGCCCUAACAUUGGAGGUCUUAUCCACCGGUAUAGCCGGAAAUUACAACGGUGCACUACAAACGAUGAGUGCUGAGUUUCAAGUCCCUUCACCGUUUGUUCCAACCCGAGAAAAUUACUUUCUGAGAUAUUGCAAGCAACACGGUGAUGGCACUUGGGCAGUGGUUGAUGUUUCUUUGGACACUUUGCGCCCUUCUUCCAUCGCAAGAAGUAGAAGAAGGCCAUCCGGCUGUUUGAUACAAGAAUUACCUAAUGGUUACUCUAAGGUAACAUGGAUUGAACAUGUGGAAGUGGAUGAUAGAGCCGUUCACAGCAUAUACAAGCCGUUAGUCAAUUCGGGCCUCGCAUUCGGGGCGAAACGAUGGGUAUCCACACUGGACCGACAGUGUGAACGGCUUGCCAGCGCUAUGGCUAACAACAUUCAAGCCGGUGAAGUUGGAGUGAUAACGAGUGCAGAGGGCAGGAAGAGCAUGCUCAAGCUGGCUGAAAGAAUGGUGAUGAGCUUUUGCGCCGGCGUUGGUGCCUCGACGGCGCAUACGUGGACAACACUGUCUGGGAGCGGAGUGGAUGACGUCAGGGUCAUGACCCGCAAGAGUAUAGAUGACCCGGGCAGGCCGCCCGGCAUUGUUCUAAGCGCUGCAACUUCUUUCUGGCUCCCCGUUCCGCCAAAGAGAGUCUUUGACUUUCUUCGUGACGAAAACUCCAGAAACGAGUGGGAUAUUCUCUCGAAUGGUGGGCUGGUUCAAGAAAUGGCGCAUAUCGCAAAUGGUCGGGAACCAGGGAAUUGUGUCUCUCUUUUGCGAGUCAACAGUGCUAACUCAAGCCAGAGUAACAUGUUGAUUCUCCAAGAGAGUUGCAUUGACUCGUCCGGGUCCUAUGUAAUCUAUGCUCCGGUCGACAUUGUGGCCAUGAAUGUUGUUUUGAGUGGCGGAGACCCCGACUAUGUUGCACUCCUUCCUUCCGGUUUUGCUAUUUUACCCGAUGGACCGUCCGGCCUCGGGGUCACGAACCCAGAAGUGGGUCCGGGCGGGUCGCUUCUGACCGUUGCCUUCCAGAUAUUGGUUGACUCGGUCCCGACCGCGAAACUCUCCCUUGGGUCAGUUGCAACCGUGAACAGCCUGAUCAAGUGCACGGUUGAGAGGAUCAAGGGGGCUGUGACAUGCGAAACUGCAUGAUUCCUACGUCAUUAAAAGAGAUUUAAUGAAGAAGUCAAGAACGCACCGCAUAUUAUACAUAUCAUAAUAAUGUAUGUUUUGUAGUCCUUACGGAGCUAGCUAGCUUGUUGUGUGGUUGAAGGGUGAAGUUCAGUUCACCGAGCAGCUGCAAGGGUGAUGGUUCGGGUAUUGACUUCGUCAUUUUAGUCAACGACUGAGUGUGAGCGCAAGACGCUUAUUUUCUGGUGGGACACCGUCCUGGGAUUGGAAUGAGGGAAAAUUACUAACCUACCCAUAUCGAAUUGCAUGCGCUUUUGAUGUUUUGCAUAAGGGCAUGUUGGUAAUUUUCUUCACAUUUCUGGUUCCUUUUCGCACCCUACCUCUACUAAGUACCAGAGUUAAUUAUUGAUUAAGUAAUUAAUUAAUGUGUAGGAGUGAGUGUAUGGCAUGACUUUUCAGUACGUUUUGAUGGUGUAUCUAGCUGUGUCAAAACCUUGUACCUUUCUGGAUGAUUGUGUAUAGGAAGGACUUAAUUAGGAUCUAGACCGACUUCCAGAUUGCUUGUUUGUUUGUGUUUUGAAUUCAGAAGAUUAUUAUUUGUUCGAUUAGGUUUUGAGUUUGGAAUUCUUUAAUCGAUUGUGAAAUCUUAGUCUUUUUACGUACACCAUUGUGAAAGCUUAGUUGAAAACUUGAAAUACGUACAUACGCGGUACGCAGUCCCUAA